CCCUGUCGCCCUCAACAAGUCCAUUGUCGUCCAAGCCGCACCAACUCUUUCUGUUUCCCAUCACUCCUCCUGCAUCGCUCAUGUAGAAAUCCUUUCGCUGCCUGAGCGCGGCUGCAUAGCACAGACUGUUACCGCCAUGACGGGCCCCGGUUUCGGCUGUGCCUCUGCAGGCAGAGUCACCGCUGCUCUCUUGUUAUCCUUCCUGGCCGCGGCCCCUCCCUCCGCCGCCUCGGCCGAUCAGCAUCGCAUCGUCAAACAGGACAUGUUCCUGCCUCCCUCUCCGGGUUUUGACCCGCGGCCCGAGCCUCCGCACCCGGCAGAACACACCUUUACUCUACGACACAUCUACCACCAUGGCACCGACCGCCACCCGCGACUACACCGCAAGCGCGACGUCGUCGGUCGCGACGACUCGUCACCCCGCGUCUUUUUGGCUGCCGAAGACGACUACCCCGAACAUGAUUUGACCCAUCUCAAGGCCAAGAGCAAACCACAUACGAUAGAGCGCCUGGUGGACCGAAGACCUGUCGUGGUAGAUGCCAUGGUCGCACGAGCGCGGCUCGACGGUUACGCCGCCGUCCUCGAUGCCUCUGCCUGGACCAUGGACGAGGUCCCGGCGCCCGACGUCACCGACAAGGACACGGUCUUGAGCCUAGCGUACAUGACAGCCAACGCCUAUGUUGAGGACGAGGAUGGCGCAGACUGGGAGGAGGUCGGCGAGCCGUUCAAUCGUAGCGCCGAUUUCGGGUGGCAGACCGACGGCCUUCGCGGUCACAUCUUCGCCGAUGAGACCAACUCAACCAUCGUCAUCGGCCUCAAGGGCACGACCCCCGCCGUGUUCGACGGCGAUGGCACAACCACCAACGACAAGAUCAACGAUAACCUCUUCUUCAGUUGUUGCUGCGCCCAGCAGGGUCAGUGGACGUGGCACAAGGUCUGCGACUGUGCCACGGGCACGUACUCGUGCAACAACACAUGUGUCACGCAGGAGCUGCGCGAGGAGAACCGGUACUAUGCCGCCGCCCGAGAGCUCUUUUCCAACGUCACCGAGCUGUAUCCGGAUGCCGUUGUGUGGUUGACGGGCCACUCGUUGGGCGGCGCAGUCACGUCGCUUCUCGGCCUUACAUACGGUUUGCCGGCCGUCACGUUCGAGGCCGUACCCGAGGCCCUUGCCGCAUCUCGCCUCGGUCUUCCCGUUCCUCCCGGUUCCGACCCGAAGGCGCCGCAGACACGCGAGCACACGGGGACGUUUCACUUCGGCCAUACCGCGGAUCCCAUCUACAUCGGUACAUGUAACGGCGCCACUGCUUCUUGCUCAUUCGCCGGCUACGCCCUAGAGACAGCCUGUCACACUGGCCGUGAGUGUGUCUGGGACGUGGUGGCGGACAAAGGCUGGCGAGUUGGUAUUGGCACUCACAAGAUCCGUGCCGUCAUCUCAGACGUGAUUCUGAAGUACGACGAUGUUCCCGAAUGCAACUCGACCCCGGAAUGCCGAGACUGUGCCCCGUGGAAGAUGUACGAGAGCAAUGGAACGGAGAGCACAACGACGAGCCGGUCAAGCACGUCAACGCGGACACGCACCCGAACUUCGACUUGCAAGACACCAGGCUGGUGGGGGUGCCUUGACGAAACUACAGGCACAGCUACUGCGACGACAUCCUCGUCCACGUCCACGUCAUCUACUUCGACAUGCGAGACGCCAGGCUGGUUCUGGUGCAAGGACAAGACGACCACUACAGUCCCUCUUGUCACAACGAUAUCGACCACGAGUGUCACGACUGCCACAUCCACAACCACAUGCGAAACACCAGGCAGAUUCUGGGGCUGUUGGGAUCCAGCGGAAACGACAUCGGGGACUGCGCAGCCAGGCACGAUGACGACCAUGACGCCGCCCCGAAUCACUGCGACCGCGACAAAUGCAAGCACCGGGGCGGAAACCUCGGCAACGCUCAGCGCAUCCAGCGACGCGCCCCCAUGUCGGCACCGCAGCUGGACAGGUGCUUGCAAGGACCGUACCCUGGCCAAGGGGAGCAGGUUCUCCCCAGACGAGAUAUAGCAUAUCAAGCGAGUCAUGUAGAACAUAUUCUUCGUCUUUUGGGCACAAAUCCUGGAUGCUCAAGAGUUUGUUGCCAUAGUUCUCUGGUGCUGGACAACGCUUCGCAUCCGCGUGGCCGAGGGCAAUUGGGAAACAUUGCCUUUUGACCCAGUACACGUCCGCGACGACGACGACGAGGAAUAGCCUGCUCUCCAUACGGCGGGGGCUUUUGGGGUGUUGUUUCAUUUUCUGUCUUCCGCGCAGGGUUCGAAUUCAGUGCAAGGGUCAGCGGGCGGGCGUUACAUUCUGAGCGGCAUCACAUUACCUCACUUAUGGAUAUAGAAACGGCAGCGGGGGCGAGGGCGGCCUUGGGGUCAUGAUUCUGUAGCUUAGCGCAUAUAUACUACUAGAGAGCCAGGAAAUCAAUUUGUUUCGCUAC